AUGGCUUUAAAUGGAAGCAACAUCCCGGAUGGGCGUAAAAGGGUUCUAAUCGUCGGCGCUGGCGCUGCUGGAAUGUCAACAGCAUAUCAUCUGUCGCAACACCCGGAUAAAUUCCAUCUGACGCUAAUAGACGCUGUUGAUUAUUGCGGCGGUCAAGCAUUCUCUAUCCCGCUGGACAAGCAGCGUUAUGGAGCAUCGUGGUUUAAUCAGGGAGUUCAAGGCGGCUCUUACAUUUUUCACCAUACGGUGACUAUGUUUUAUCGACAGGGCUUUCAUGCCGAUCCUGUCAAUCUCCAAGUCUCAUUUGGCAAAGAUAAAACUUUCUGGACUAAUGUAUUCCCAACACUCCUGCUCGCUCGCCACGAGAAGGAAGUGAAACGGCUACCAAAAGUGCUAAAACUGAUCCGUUGGUUCGAGGUCUUCUUUGCCUUACUCCCUCUAAAACUGGUCCUCAAGUUAUUCAGGUUUUCCGAGGAGUUCACAAACACAAUUGCCCUGCCAAUGACUGCCUUAUUCCUGGGUACGGGGAAUGCUACUCCAGAAGUCCCUACCAUCAUGUUCGAGAGACUCUGUACGUCGCCAACGUACGGCAUGUGGUAUGCCCCUGACGCCAACACCGUUGUCAACAACCAACCCCCCAUGAUUGUGUUCCCCAAUUUCUCCGAGUUCUACGGUACUUGGGCCAAGGACCUCAUUUCACGUGGCGUCAUUGUUCGACUGUCAACAGAGCUCACCGAAGUCGUCCAGAGGAAUGACCGUGGGGUCGUCGUCAGGCUCAAAGCACGGACACCUGUGCCCGAUGGACAUAACCCCACCGGUGGCGACCCGAACGCCCCAGUCACCGAGGAGGUAUUCGACGAGAUCGUUAUGUGUUGUCUUGCAGAUACUGCGAAAAAGGUGUUGGGUCGGACGGCGACUUGGAAGGAGAAGAAGGUACUAGGGUCAGCCAAGUUUAGCGAUGAUAUUACGAUCACUCACAAUGAUUCCGGCUACAUGAAGAGGCAUUACGAGAACUUCUAUCGCGAAGAUCUAGCCGUUGCUAAGGUGAAUGGCGUGGACCAAACCUCGCGUCUCCAAUUUGCGGUGAAUAAUUUUCUGCCAAUGUACUAUAUUAAGAUGUACCCUGAAGAUCAAUCAAAGCUCGAGAUGUGUUUCGACACGACCAACUAUCAGAGCCAAUUCCCGGAUAAGGUGUCCUUCGAACAGCAUGUUUUCCAGACCAUCUACCUGAACAAAGACCGCGAUAGGAAACUAUGGACGGAUCAGGAGAUCGAUGAGGAAAAGAUCAUUCGAAAAGACUGGUGGCAUCAACUUUGCCACACCUACACACACUAUCUCUUCGUCGUACCGUGGAUGAUGUUUCUUCAAGCGAAGAACCAUACCCGCUACGCGGCAGCGUGGACUCUGGUCAACGCCCACGAAGUCGCGGUUAUGUCUGGAAUCGCUGCCGCUGUGGAUCUCGGCGCGGAAUAUCCCGAGGAUCUCGAGCACGACAAGUUCGCGUUCCUCUGCUUCCGGCUCUACUAUCUUCUUGCAUAUGGGAGGUGGUACAAGCGCAGAUACACCAGCAGUAGUGGUAAGAAGAGCGAUAAGCAGGGAGAACAGACCACGACGCAGGCCGCCAGAGAAGGCAAGAGCUGGGCGACGGGGCCAUACGGCGGUGUAUACGAAGGCCCCGGAGUAUCAAAAACGGAGCGGCAGACGUGGAAAGAGGGGCUCCUGGAUGGCACUAGCACUAAGAACUUGGCCGAUGGGAACGCACCCGGGAGGAGCCAGCCGUGAGCACGACCGUUUUAGGACAUGUUCUAGAUCGAAUUUGAGAUGGAGUGUCCAUAUAGGGAAGAAGUAUGAAUCUAACAAGACUGCCAAUUCACCUCUUCCAAGCUUCAAGUCCCAAGUUUCCUAAUUUUCUAUUCUCGUUUCUAGUUCCUAGUUUAGACUUUCCAAUUAUGGUUCCGUGCUGCACCGCGAGAUGUUACCCUUGUUAACUGUCAAAGGGGGCACGAGCCACAUUUGUGCGGUGGCCUGCGGUGGUAGCCUGCGAUGAUGGCCUGCGCACGCAUACCUGCCGGUGGCUAGAACACCUACUUGUCUUUCCCACUUUGUUGGUGCCCACCGACGUAUAAUAUGCCUUGAGGCUUAAUAUUAUAAUAACUGAACCACCGUUAGAAGCAAUGUAGUUAGCAAUUCACGGUCUACGCAGCCUACAU